ACAAAAACACUGAUAAAUCCCGUAUAUAUACACCACCUCAAACAAAUCCGGCUUUAAAGCACCAAAAUGAAGCUAAUUAUCUGCCUGCUUUUCCUCGCAACCUACGCCCUGGCCGCUUUGAGCCCGCAACAAGUGAACAAAAUUGAACCGAUCAGCAAACAAUGCCGGGAAGAAACAGGAGCCACUCUGGAACAAGUGAACAAAAUUCGUAGCAAUGCCGUGUUCGAAGACGAUCCGAAACUGAAGAAGCAUGUGCUGUGUGUGGCGAAAAAAACGGGACAGGUUUCUGAAUCGGGCACAAUCAACGUUGAAGGGAUUAAGAAUAAUUUAAAGAAGGUUGGGACUAGCGAUGAGACCAUAGCGGAGAUCGAAAAGUGCCUACUUGAGAAGGAUACUGCAGAGGAAACUGCGUUCCAAGUUAUGAAAUGUGUCUUCGACAGACAGCCGAAUUUCUCGCCAGCUGAUUAGAAGUGGCGUGUUUAAAUGUAACAAUCUGAGGAAAGGAAUAAAUGUUUCUUGUGUCGAA